CCGUGAAGACGAUAAAUAUGGGGGAGCAGAGGGGGGGAGAGAGAGUAGAUGGGUCCUAUUGAUGGAUGAUGAGGCGUAGGAUAUGAUUCAAGCUCGAUGUUGGCUGAUGGCCUUUUCUCAACGAUUGUUGCAAGGCAAAAGACCCGGUCUAGAAUGUGCGAAGCACGCAGUUGGAGUGGUCAGACUUUGCCUCGCCGUUGCUUUGCUUCGAGGCUGGUGCUGCGUGCGUUUCGAACUAGAGCAUCCUGUGCCGCAGCCAAGAAGUCAUGGAUGUUGGUGCACAGCAAUUGCGCAUAUCAGGCGAGGUGUUGUGGAUACAUGCAGAGGAAAUGUGAUGCGACGGAGUUUUGUGUGCAAGGCUGAGUUUGAGAGUCUGGCUGUGUACAACGUAGAUCAAUGAAGGUGACAUGGAAAUGUGAAUGAUUAGCAGGAUGAGCAUAUUACAUAUUACUAUAAUAAGCGGAGUUAGGGCUAUAGGGCGAGGGAG